AUGGGUGAUUUCCGUGUGAUGGGCGGCAGAGCUUGCUUCAUACUGCUGUGCACUAUCGUCAAAGCUGUGAUCAGUACGGGACUAGGGAAAUGUCCAAUAUACCCACAAUUUCCCAAUUACGAUGUUACACGGAUGACAGGUACAUGGUAUGAAGUGGAGAGAUCGUUUCACUUGAUGGAGAUAGCGGCCAGCUGCACCGAGCUAGACGUAAGGAUCGGCGAUAGAGGGUUUCUUCUUAUCACCGUCAACACUAUUAAUAGAUGGUCCGGUAGCCAGUCCACUAGUUAUGGCUUGGGGAUAGCAAGUCACAACGGUUCUUCUACGUUCCGCUACAAGCUGAAUAAUCGUAUGCCGUACAUUAUUGGGAGACUGCUGCCAGGCGCUGGGCAGUACAAUGUACUCUUCACAGAUUACGACAGAUUUGCGCUGGUGUGGUCGUGCACUAAUUUUAGCAUCGCCCACUCCGAUCGUAUGUGGGUACUGGGUCGAGAACGCGAAAUAGAGGCGGGCCUUCGCGCGCAAAUAUACGCUCUGAUGCAGGAGCUGCAUCUCGACCCGGACCGCCUCAUCCUCUCCAAGAACACUAACUGUACCGCCAUCGAACAAUCCUAUGGAAUAAAC